AUGAACAAUGGUACAGUGAACGGAUAUAAGGAUUCCAGUAGAAGCACAACUGCAAGCAUGGUCGGAGCAACGGAUGUUGUUAAUCCAUCAGAGAAGAUCGAAGACCAGUCGCCGCACCUUAACGGCAACCCAGUUUUCGCUAUUAGCGAUGAAACUGGCACAAACGACAACUCUUACAGUAUGGCGUCGAUAAAUUCAAACGAGAAGAGUCCAGGAGAUCCACCAGACAAGAAAUUGCCUGAAGUAGACUCUGAGAAACAACCAUUAUCUGGGAAGAAAGAGGAAAGAUGGUACACAACGCUGAUGCAGGUAGCUGUUCCAUUCUUCAUAGCCGGAUGUGGUACCAUCGGUGCUGGCCUUGUCCUAGGAACCGUUAUGCACUGGGAGGUCUUCCAAAACGUAUCUGCAAUAUUUGUACUAGUCCCUUCGCUCUCUGGUCUUAAAGGUAAUCUAGACAUGUGCUUAGCGUCUCGACUGUCAACACAGGCAAAUCUCGGGAACAUGGACUCACCUAGGGAACUCGUGUCCAUGGUCGUGGGGAACAUAUCACUGGUCCAGGUUCAAGCGAUAGUAGCAGCGACAGUGGUGUCGAUAUUCGCGAUAGUGGUGAACAUCAUCACCGAUCGUGGUAUCAACGGCUCGUUCAUCCUGCUACUGAUCGCCAGUGCGGUCUUCACAGCCACUACUACCUGCUUCGUACUAGACUUCGUGAUCGUGAUGGUGAUUUAUGGAUCCUUCAAGCUCAAGGUCAACCCGGACAACGUGGCGACACCCCUAGCAGCAUCUAUCGGUGAUAUUGUCAGCAACACUGUACUAGCUGUCACUGCGCAGUACAUGUACGACCAAAUACAGAUAACACUAUGGCAUCCAAUUGCGUUGAUGUGCGUUUAUUACUGUCUGCUGCCCAUGUGGGUGUUCGUUGUGUAUCGCAACAAGUACACCAAAAAGGUACUCACUAGUGGCUGGACACCAGUCAUCUCCGCGCUCUUCAUCAGUGGUAUUGGAGGUAUUGUUCUGGACCAGGCCGUGGACCAUUACCAAGGGUACGCAGUAUUCCAGCCAAUUGUUAACGGUAUUGGUGGCAAUCUGGUGUGCGUACAGUCUUCGCGUCUGGCUACCAAAUUACAUCAAACGGCGAUUCCUGGAGUUCUACCCGAGAACACUAGAAUCUUGGAAUGGCCAUGGAGGACGUUAUUCUUCGGAACUGCUGCCGCUAAAGUCGCUCGCAUGUUGCUGACGUUGGCACUCUUCGGGCAGAUCAUCUUCAUGAUAGUCGCUGACUUUGUCUACCAGGGCCUUGUCACCAUUCAGCUACCCUUUGGUAUUACUUACCUCCUGUGCUCGCUAUUACAAGUCAUGGUGCUGCUGUACUUGGCCUACAUUUUGGUCCACCUCAUGUGGAAGAAGAAGAAGGACCCUGACAACGCGGCCAUCCCUUACCUCACCGCUCUUGGGGAUCUGCUCGGCUCCAUCUUCCUCGGUCUUGCCUUCGUCAUCUUAUCAAUUUUCGGCUUGGAGUACGGAAACAACGUCCAAUGA